GCCCUCUCCGUGUUUGCGUUUGACAAAGAAAUGAUUUGAACUUCCCGGAGCCGCGGCGAGCCGGGAUCCCGAGGCGCAGCCGGGCCCAUAUGGAUGUGAUUUCCCAGCGCCGUCCCAGAUGAUCCAGCGGCACCGGGAGCCGCGGCGCUGAGCGCCUCCGCCGCCUCUGCCCAUCCAUGGGCUCCGCCGCGGGAUUUUGGGAGCUGCCCGCCACUCCAGCCAUGAGAAAACGAGGAAAAACGCCGGGAUCUCUCGUCAUGUGCCUCUCGGGCUGAAAAGCUGGGGAGCCGGAGGAGCAAAAUCGCUUCGCGGAUCCGGGAGGACGAGGAGAAACCCGCGCCGCUGGAAUUCCGAGCUCGCCUCCUCCUCCCGCUUCCCUGCGCGGGGCUGGAUGCUGGAAGCAGCCCCUUGGAUAUGGGAUCAUAUCUGGUGUAUCCCAGCCUGGGUUUGAUCCUCUGCUGCUCCGUGCUCAGCUCCGUCUACGCGCUGGUGGAUGCCGACGAUGUCAUCACCAAGGAGGAGCAGAUCUUCCUCCUGCUAAAGGCCAAGGCCAAGUGCGAGCGCCACCUGAAAGCCAAGGUGCCCAAGGUGCACGAUGGGUUCUGCCUUCCAGAGUGGGACGGCAUCGUGUGCUGGCCCGAGGGCGUGCCCGGCAAGGUGGUGGCCAUGCCCUGCCCCGAGUACAUCUACGACUUCAACCACAAAGGCCACGCUUACCGCCGGUGUGACCUGAACGGGAGCUGGGAGCUGGUCCCGGGCAACAACCGCACCUGGGCCAACUACAGCGAGUGCGCCAAGUUCCUCACCAACGAGACGAGGGAAAGGGAGGUCUUUGAUCGCCUCUAUUUGAUUUAUACUGUUGGAUACUCCAUCUCCCUGGGAUCCCUCACAGUUGCUGUCCUUAUCCUGGGAUACUUCAGACGUUUGCACUGCACUAGGAACUACAUCCACAUGCACCUGUUUGUGUCCUUCAUGCUGAGGGCCGUCAGCAUCUUCGUGAAGGACGCGGUCCUGUACUCCGGGUCGGCCCUGGAGGAGAUGGAGCGGAUCUCCGAGGAGGACUUGAAAUCCAUCACGGAAGCACCUCCAGCGGAUAAAUCGCAGUUUGUGGGCUGUAAAGUAGCUGUCACCUUCUUCCUCUACUUCCUGGCUACCAAUUACUACUGGAUCCUGGUGGAAGGGCUCUAUCUCCACAGCCUCAUCUUCAUGGCAUUUUUCUCAGAGAAGAAAUAUCUCUGGGGAUUCACAUUAUUUGGCUGGGGACUCCCUGCUGUGUUUGUCACAGUGUGGGCCAGCGUCAGAGCCACUCUGGCCGACACAGAGUGUUGGGACUUGAGUGCUGGCAAUUUAAAGUGGAUUAUUCAGGUGCCCAUCCUGGCAGCUAUCGUGGUAAAUUUUAUUCUCUUUAUCAAUAUUAUCAGAGUCCUCGCAACCAAGCUCCGAGAGACGAAUGCAGGGAGGUGUGACUCGAGACAACAGUACAGGAAGCUGCUGAAAUCUACCCUCGUCCUUAUGCCUCUGUUUGGCGUUCACUAUAUUGUUUUCAUGGCUAUGCCAUACACAGAUGUGUCAGGGAUUCUUUGGCAAGUUCAAAUGCACUAUGAAAUGCUGUUCAACUCUUUCCAGGGAUUUUUUGUUGCCAUCAUAUACUGUUUUUGCAAUGGAGAGGUCCAAGCAGAAAUAAAGAAGUCAUGGAGCAGGUGGACUUUAGCACUUGACUUUAAAAGGAAAGCCCGGAGUGGGAGCACAACCUACAGUUAUGGACCAAUGGUUUCCCACACCAGCAUCACAAAUGUAGCCACCAGAGGGGCGCUUGCCCUCCACCUCAACACGAGACUUAUUCCAGGGACCCUCAACGGCCACAGGAAUUUGCCAGGCUAUGUGAAAAAUGGCUCCAUUUCAGAGAAUUCCAUGCCUUCCUCCGGCCCGGAGCAGUACAACAAAGACGAGGAAUACCUGAACGGCUCCGGGCUCUACGAUGGAGACAGACCCACGGUCCUGGUGGAGGAGGAGAGAGAGACAGUGAUGUAAAGACAGGAGGAGGAAUGGAAAAAUUCAGCCAAAGGAUGAAAAAAAAAUGGUUCCUGGAGAGGAUUUAGUGGGAAAAGACCAUCAGGCCAUGCAGCGGAUUCCGAGGGUUUCUAUGCAGCGCCUCUGUUCUGUGGAAUGAGAGAUUAAGUUAUUUGGGGAAACAAAAAAAAAAAAACAACCAAAAGUGAGCCACCAGCGUGGCCAGUGGGUGAUGCCAUCCGUGAAUUCCGUGUUCCACGUUCUCCUGGUGAUAACACUCUCCAGACCUGCUGGACACCCGGAGAUCCCGGGAGCUCACCAGGGAGGCCUGCAAAGCCCUGCGUGGUCCUUGGAUCCCUCGGAGAGCGUGGGCGGCCGAGGAGGACGGGAGCGUCCCCCAGGAAAGCAGGAGGCGCGGGGAGGGUGCAGGGCCAUUGUCCUGGCAGGGGACAAGCCACCCUCGGGGGCAGUGGCUUGGGGUUGGUUUGUUCUCUGCCUGUGGAUCUGCCUGGUGACACACACAGGGCUGGGAAAGGCCCCGCCAUCCGUCGGUCAAGGGUCAUGUUGGGUACCACCAUCCCACGUUCCUUUUCCCUUGGGAGUUCUGACUUCUUGGCAAAAUGCUCCUCUGGGGCGGGGAGGGUUAACAGCUCAUGGAGGCAGUGAGGGAUUGUCCUCUCCUUUCCCCAAGUCCUGGGGGCAAGGCAGGAACCGGUACAAUUUUAGUGUUGGAUGUGGGAACCAGUACUAUUUUAGGGUUGGAUGUGGUUAUCGGAAUGUGCGGCAUUCCUGCUCUUCCAGAGGGGCAGGGGAGAGGGAACCACCAAGGGCACGGAAUUUGCACGUCCCAGAGGGGUGAUUGUGGCUAAAAUCAGCUCCCAGGGUGGGUAACUCAGCCCUGCCUUUUUGUGGGAGCUCCUGGAAAGCGGCUUCCAUCCCUUCUUAAAACUCGGGGUUGUUCCUCGCUCUGCCCUCUGAAUGUCCUGUUCCACAGGCUCGUGGAAUUCCAGAAUGGUUUGGGUUGGAUGGGACCUUAAAGGUCACCUUGUUCCACCCCCUGCCAUGGCAGGGACACCUCCCACUAUCCCAGGUUGCUCCAAUUCCUUUCCAAGCCCUCCCAACACUUCCAGGGAUGGAGUAUCCACAGUUUCUCUGGACAAUUAAUCCAAACCCUAAUGAGGAGAAAGACUCCACCAGCUGCCCUUCUGAGGGCUAAUUAUGAUUAAUUUUCCAGAUUCUGAAGGAAGUCAGGAAGAGCAGGUGUGAUCCUGACCUGGUGUCCCAAACCUUUAUCAGCCUCUCAGAGUAGGACCUGACCAAAACCCGGUGGAAUCCAGGGUGAAGUCUCCUCCCUCUGACAUGUCCAAGGUUUGGAUUCAGACCUGGAGGGGAUGUGGUGGCUGUGAGGUUCUGACAGGAGCUGGAGCUCCUCUCCAUCUUCACAGAAUCCCAGAAUUCCUGAGGUUGGAGAAGCCCGCCAAGGUCAUCAAGUCCGAGCUGUGCCCAAUCCCCACCAGAGCUCUGAGUGCCACAUCCAGGAAUUCCUUGGGCACCUCCAGGGAUGAGGGCUCCAGACCUCCCUGGGCAGCUCCUUCCAAGGCCUGAGCACCCUUUCCAUGGGGAAAUUCCUGCUGGUGUCCACCCUGAGCCUGCCCUGGCCCAGCCUGAGGCCGUUUCCUCUUGUCCUGAACAGAAAUCUUUGACAGCCAAUAUUUUUUUGUGAUGUUCUUCUCUUGUUUUGCCUCAUCAAAAGAAAUCAGACCUCAUCAUAACAAUUUCCUACCAAAUAAGAAUUAUCAGAAUGUCAACUUUUCAAAAAUUAAUCCAAUUUUCCUGCUCUCUUCUUCUACCCCUCCUGAUUUUCUGGCUCUAAGACAUUUCUAAAUUAUCAUUUCACUGCUGGAACAAAGCAAAAAUACCAAAAAACCCCAAGCAGUGACUCACUCUUUGCUUGUGUUUGUUACUCAAAGAUUGAGAACAUUUGACAAUCCCUCAGAAAUUCAAGGAAUCAGCAAAAGCCAUAAAUUUAUUUAUAAACAAACAUAACCUCUCUCCUAAAAUGCAGCUCUCACUGAAAUGAAUUCAACGCUGGAUUAUUUAGGAUUAACAUAAAUCAAACCUCUUUUUAAAUGUAGAUGAAAAUUAUAGGCCCUAGUAUUGUGCAGGGGGAAGAAAUAUUUUUUUAAAUGCUCCGAAUUGCAAAUCAUAGAUAGAUUUUUCUUUCCUGGAUGUUUCUGUGAGUGAGCAGCAUCCAUGUAAAAACUGGGAUAAUGCUGACACCAAAACAGAGGGAAAAGUGCCACUAAGGCCCAGCAGGACCUGUUUGUCACAGUGUGCUCCCAUCAUCCCUGGGCUGAUCCCAAACUCUUGAUUGAGUGUAUGGAUCAGGAUUAUCUGGAGAUCCAGGGCCAUCCCUCCUGGAUUUUGGUGAGGAAGAACCAGAGCUGGGAUGUCUGGAAAGAGAGAAGAAGCCCCAGUUUCGGGUUGGGAUUUGCCCUGGAAUGACAAAUGGAAUGAUCCUGUUGAAGCUUAGCCAGAGCCUUUGGAUCCAAAGCAGGCUCCUCUUCCCUUCCUCCAUCUCCAGGAGUUCAGGACAUUUCCCAAGGAGUUUGUCCCAUCCAAAGGUCUGAGUCCCCCUGGGAUGACAGUUCCUCCCCUGUGGGGUUUUCCUGUGGAAACACAGCCCCAAAGGCCGUGGGAAACAGAAAGCCUGGAGGGGAGGAUUAAUUUGCUCCGAAUUCACCCACUGCCCUCCACAAACCCUGCAGGAGUGACAGGGCUUGUGCCCAUCCCAGUGCAGAUCCAGCAGGGGAUUGUGGAGCAGAGGGAGUAGAUUGGAGCUGGGGUGUUACUCUAUAGUUGGGGUUCCCCGUGGCAGGAAGGAAUGAUGGAUCUGACUCCAUGUUCUCAGAAAGCUAAUUUAUUAUUUUAUUAUCUAUAUUAUAUUAAAGAAUAUUAAACUAAACUAGACUAAAGGAUAGAGAAAAGAUAGAAUGCUAAAAAGAUAAUAAUGAAAACUCGUGACUCUUUCCAGAGUCCCGACACAGCUUGGCCCUGAUUGACCAAUGAGUCAAAACAAUUUACAGCAGAAA